GAGACUCUGUGGGAUCAGGACAGACCAGGGGCUGGUCUGAUGGUAGGAAGGCGGAGUCUCGUCUUCUGUGACUUGAACAGUUUCCUCUGAACAUACCGCAGUUGUUUUACGCACGUCUUCAGGACAAAAGUGGAGAUAAAUCUGAGGUGAGCUGAAGUCGUGGAAGUGGUUGUUUCCUUCAGAGCCUGAGUCAUGGCUCAGUACCUGAGGUAUUUCACCACCGUGGGUGACGAGCAGCCGGGUCAGUGGGAGGAAGAGGAGCUACACGAAGCCAGCGAGGAGCUGAGUCCGGCCACCGGUCAGUUCCCCACCACUCUCACCUUCAGGGAGUCCCUGUGCAGGCUCUACAGCUCUGAGCGUUUCCAGGUGCUGGUCGUGUGUUUGGUCAUCCUAGAUGCCAUCUUUGUUCUGGCAGAGCUGCUCAUAGAUCUCUCUGUUAUUGAAUUGGAACAUGGCCAUCUUGCUCCCGAGGUCUUUCAUUACCUGAGCCUGGCCCUCCUCACCUUCUUCAUGGUGGAACUGGUUGGAAAGCUGUAUGCUUACCGCCUGGAGUUCUUCCAGCACAAGUUUGAAGUGUUUGAUGGCGUGGUGGUGAUCGUGUCCUUCGUGCUUGAUGUCGUCUUCAUCUUUAGAGAGGAUGCCUUUGAUGGGAUGGGUCUUCUCAUUUUGCUGCGACUCUGGAGAGUGGCUAGAAUUAUCAAUGGGAUCCUGGUCUCAGUGAAGACCCGUGCGAACCAGAAGCUCCACAAGCUGAAGGAAAGCUAUGACCACCUCGUCCAGAGAGUCACAGAGCUACAGGAGCGCAACGACAAACUGGGACAAGAGAACCAGAAACUCCAAGUGCUCCUGAAGAAGCAUGGCAUAGAUUACUGAAUCAUCAGCCUGUUGUGAAGUCACUGUUCUGCAUUUCCACACCACGUGGGUUUAAUUCAUGCCUUCAUACGCUUUUUACAUCUGACUGAGUUGCCACUGCUCGUAAUCAUACUCUGUACUACUUGGCACAUUACCUUUAGACUAACUUAUGCAGGCUUUCUGUUGUAGUUGUCAUAUGCCGUGUUUCCACUACGUGGAACCGGCUCGACUUGGCUCGACUCAGGUACCAGGUCCUAUUCCUGGAGACCGUUUCCAUUACAGGAUACUACCGACUUUGCAGUACCUAGACGUCAUAGCGA